CCUCUACUCCCCUCGCCUCUCCAACACCGCUUCAACUCGCAGCCUGUCAAACACCCCCUAUUACGACACAUUGCCUAACGGAUACCCUUACCCGCAGCCGCGCCAAGCACCUCCGCCGCCGCCGCCGCCACCACCACCAGCGGCUCCCACGGGCCCCGUUGAGCGCUCGUCAUCGUAUUCCAAGGCCGCCCUCCCACCCCUGCGUCACCUUCAUCAUCCACAGCAGCAGCAGCAGCAGCAGCAGCAACAGCAGCAGCAGCAGCAACAGCAGCAGCAAGAACAACAACAACAACAACAACAACAACAACAACAGCAACAGCAACAACAGCAUCAUCACCACCGCCUAUCCGACCCCAACGCUUACCAGUCAAUGACACCCUCCACCCCAGUCCGCGCACAGACCCCGACGUACUCAACGACGACGUACUCCAACCCGGCUCCCUCGUUGCCGCCCAUAACUACUAUGGAUUACGCGCCUAGCCUGCCGCAGCAGCCGUUGCGCUGCGCGUCACCUGGCUCCUCCGCCUUCGACACCACCACAUCCGCCAAGCGCUUGUACUAUGAGACGGAACACACCCUGUCCAAACGCACGCACGAGGAUUCGUUUGGCCCGGAGUCACAGCGCUCGCUACAGAACGGUGCCCGACCAGACUCGGACAGCUACCCGUCCCGUGAGAUGUUGGAAGCGAUCCGCCUUGCUGCACGGCGUGACCCCAAGGCCGAUAUGGAGUACAAGCGGGCCAACGGUCGCACGGCGAUGCGGGCGCCGCCCACGCUCGAGGAGGCUAACAAAGCUCGCGCCAGGGCUCGCUGA